CGGGCCGCGGCCGCUCCCGCCCUUUUGCGCUUGCGCCCAGAACUCUCUGGGAUGCCGGCAUCCGGAUCAGGGAAGGGAAGAUGGCGCUGGACGGACCGGAGCAGCAGAUGGAGUUGGAGGAGGGCAAGGCCGGGAGUGGGCUGCGGCAGUAUUACCUGUCCAAAAUCGAGGAGCUGCAGCUGAUUGUGAAUGACAAGAGCCAAAAUCUCCGUCGUCUGCAAGCACAAAGAAAUGAGCUAAAUGCAAAAGUACGCCUGCUACGGGAGGAGCUGCAGCUGUUGCAGGAGCAGGGGUCCUAUGUGGGGGAAGUGGUCCGAGCUAUGGAUAAAAAGAAAGUUUUGGUCAAGGUACAUCCUGAGGGGAAGUUUGUGGUGGAUGUGGAUAAGAACAUCGACAUCAAUGAUGUGACACCCAAUUGCCGUGUGGCCCUUCGAAAUGACAGCUACACCCUGCACAAAAUUCUGCCCAACAAAGUAGAUCCGUUGGUGUCUUUGAUGAUGGUGGAAAAGGUGCCUGAUUCAACCUAUGAGAUGAUUGGCGGCCUGGACAAGCAGAUUAAGGAGAUCAAGGAAGUGAUUGAACUGCCUGUCAAGCAUCCUGAACUCUUUGAGGCACUAGGCAUUGCACAGCCCAAGGGUGUGUUGCUGUAUGGACCUCCAGGAACUGGCAAAACUCUCUUGGCUCGGGCUGUGGCUCAUCACACUGACUGCACCUUUAUUCGUGUCUCAGGCUCAGAACUGGUACAGAAAUUCAUUGGUGAAGGUGCAAGAAUGGUACGGGAGUUGUUUGUUAUGGCCCGAGAACAUGCCCCCUCCAUCAUCUUCAUGGAUGAGAUUGACUCCAUUGGUUCCUCACGGCUAGAAGGUGGCUCUGGGGGGGACAGUGAAGUACAGCGAACGAUGCUAGAGCUGCUCAACCAACUGGAUGGCUUUGAAGCCACUAAAAAUAUCAAGGUUAUCAUGGCCACCAACAGAAUUGACAUCCUGGACUCUGCUCUACUUCGCCCUGGUAGAAUUGACAGGAAGAUUGAGUUCCCGCCCCCUAAUGAGGAGGCACGAUUGGAUAUCUUGAAGAUUCAUUCUCGAAAAAUGAACCUGACUCGAGGUAUCAACCUUCGGAAAAUUGCAGAGCUCAUGCCUGGGGCGUCAGGAGCUGAAGUGAAGGGUGUGUGCACAGAAGCUGGAAUGUAUGCCCUUCGAGAAAGGCGUGUCCAUGUCACCCAGGAAGACUUUGAGAUGGCAGUAGCCAAGGUCAUGCAAAAAGAUAGUGAGAAGAACAUGUCCAUCAAGAAACUAUGGAAAUGAAGUGGUCAGCCUUAUGUCUCCCAAAUAAAGCUCACUGGGACAGUUAGUUCUCCUACAA